CUUUACUAAACUUCGCCUCCACCUAGUAUUUACUUUACUCCAGUCGCCCACUCUCUCCCAGUUCCCACUGCUCACCUCACUCAGUCACUCCCCAACGAAAGCACCUGUCCACGCUUUCUUCCCGACACGCCGAAUAGACCGCCAGCCACCCACACAUAUCCAAAGGGCCAAAAGCACUUCCGUCGGCGCCCUCAUCGCGACAAAACCCCGAGAGCGGCGGUGACUGUGAGCGAAGAAAGAAAGAAAGGAAGCAGGGACCGGAGAUAUCACAUUUAUCACCGGCUUCUUCUGUUCCUAGCUAGACCCAGGAAGGGAAAGGAACCGCACAUUCGGAAAGCAAACCCACGUCUACUAGCUGCUAUGGGAUCUGGUGCUGGAAGCUUCCUCAAGGUUCUUCUCAAGAACUUUGAUGUUCUUGCUGGGUUCUGAUUCUUAACAAGGGAAAUGAAACCCAUUUGACUAUUAUCGGUUUGAUUUGUUGUAGGCCUGUUGUCAGUCUCCUUUAUCCUCUGUACGCUUCGAUCCGGGCUAUAGAGACCAAAUCUCAGAAUGAUGAUCGUCAAUGGCUCACCUAUUGGGUUCUCUACUCUAUGAUCACACUCUUGGAGCUCACCUUCGCAAGGGUUAUUGAAUGGAUACCCAUCUGGUCCUAUGUAAAGCUCAUUUUCACUUGCUGGUUGGUGCUACCGUACUUCAGUGGCGCUGCUUAUGUUUAUGAGCACUUUCUGAGGCCACUCUUCCUCAACCCGCAACAAACCAUAAACAUAUGGUAUGUCCCAAGGAAGGACGUGUUCACUGAGAAAGAAGAUAUCCUGACUGCCGCCGAGAAAUACAUCCAAGAGCAUGGCACAGAGGCGUUUGAGACUCUUAUCCACAGGGAUAAAUCCAGGAGCACCACCGGUUACUCGAUAUUCGGCCAUCCUGAAGACGACUACAGAUAUUGAUUGUCCCAUUUGCACCACCUGAUACCCAGACCACGGGAGCUGUUGUCAAGCUGUAGUCCAGCUUAUUAGGUUUCUUAAAUCACUGUGUAAAUGUGGUGAUUUGUUGUUGUAGAGAGUAAUUAGCAGCAAGCUCUGUGGCUUGAAUGAUAUGACCCUUUGCUUUCCGUAUCUGAACCUUGUGCACAUAAAUCAACUAAGAAGGCAGGGUGCUUGCUUGUCUCGGCCUCCCGACCCACUGUUGUGACCAAGGUUGUUAACCCGCGGACCGAUCCGGGUUGGCCCGGACACGCAAUAAAAAAGGGUCAUAGUAAACCUUUUGACUAUCAGCCCGGAAUUGGUCAAACCCGGCGAAACUCGGGCGGUUAGCCCGUCCGAGCGGGUCAAAGGGUUGCUCUCUUGAGGUGUCGUUUCAGGCUGUGCGGCGUCGUUUUGCUGGGAGAAGGCGAGAAGCAGAGCAGGGGUAUGGAAACGAAAGAAAAC